AUGGGAACCCUCAAAAUCACCAAAAAGCAUCAUAAACACCUAAACAACCCCUUCCCUUCAACACCAAGAUCACUUCCUUUCAUUCAAGGACGUCUUCUUUUCAAUUCUCAAACUGUCCCACCAAACAAAAUCUUCUCAGUUGGCAAGGAUUUCCAGCUUCUUUGGAGCAUAAAAAAUGGAGGGUCUCUCUCAAUUUAUCAUCAGUCUCAACCUACAAAAGCCCUGUGGUCUACCAUCCCAGGGCAAGCUUUUGUUACUGCAGCAUUGUGUGAGACAGAGGUGGAAGAGAGCAGAGGAUCUUUUGCUAUAAAAGAUAGGAAUGUUUAUUUGGUUUGUGAUCAUCAAACAAUUGAAGAUAUAAGAGUGAUCAGUGAACCUGAUCACCAUUUUGAUCAGGAUAAUGAUCAUGAUCUUUCAUCUGGGAAUAUGAGUUUUGCUCAGAAAAAUGAUUGGAAGGAUACCCAGUUUCCUGCUUUGGUGAUAACAGGUUGGUUGUUCAGUAACAGGAGGAAGAAGAGGCAUCAAGAAUCUGGCAUUUACAAAGACAUACAGUUUGAGACAAGGGGACCACCAACUUGUGCAAGGUAUUGGGUUCUAUUUGAUCAAAAGACUAAUAACCAAAUUGGUUUUCAAGUGAGAGUUGGACCACCAAAUUUUGAAUUCCAACAAAGAAUUUCUCCAACUCCUUUAGGAAGACACCGGCGAUUAAGGUGGAAGCUAGGAAAGAUUAGAAGACGAAAGCUUGGAUGGUAUCGGUUCUUUACAAGGUCUAGAGGGUUUGUUGCAGUUUCUUCCUCGUCAGAGGAGGAAAUGGAAAUGAAGUCUGCGGAGUUGACAGAAUUCAAUAGAGUCUGUAUUACCUAUUCCAGUGAAGGAAAUGAAAGGUUUUACGGUUUUGGGGAGCAGUUCUCUCAUAUGGACUUCAAAGGCAAAAGGGUGCCCAUUUUUGUUCAAGAGCAGGGAAUUGGAAGAGGAGACCAACCAAUUACUUUUGCUGCUAACUUGGUUAGCUACAGGGCUGGGGGCGAUUGGAGUACAACUUAUGCUCCUUCACCAUUCUACAUGACAUCUAAGAUGAGGUCUCUUUACCUUGAAGGAUACGAUUAUUCAGUGUUCGACAUGACAAGACAUGACAGAGUUCAAAUACAGAUUCAGAGCAAUUCAGUUCGAGGAAGAAUAUUGAAUGGCAACUCACCUUCUGAGAUUAUUGAAAACUUCACAGAAACUAUCGGGAGACCUCCUGAGCUUCCUAAGUGGAUUGUAUCCGGGGCUGUUGUUGGAAUGCAAGGUGGUACAGAAGCUGUACGCCGUGUUUGGGAUGAAUUGAAGGAUCAUAAGGUUCCUGUUUCAGCCUUUUGGUUGCAGGAUUGGGUAGGGCAGAGGGAGACAAUGAUUGGAUCACAACUGUGGUGGAAUUGGGAGGUAGAUACAACGAGGUAUCAUGGAUGGCAGCAGCUAAUUAACGAUCUCGGUGCAAAGAAUAUUAAUGUGAUGACAUACUGUAAUCCUUGUCUAGCUCCGACUGAUGAGAAACCGAACCAAAGGAGAAACCUUUUUGAGGAGGCAAAAAAUCUGGAUAUCCUGGUGAAAGACAAGUAUGGAGAACCAUAUAUGGUUCCAAAUACAGCAUUUGAUGUGGGCAUGUUGGACCUGACACACCCAGAUACUGCUGCUUGGUUUAAGCAGGUUUUACAGGAAAUGGUUGAUGAUGGUGUGAAAGGGUGGAUGGCUGAUUUCGGUGAAGGACUGCCUGUAGAUGCAACUCUCUAUUCAGGUGAAGAUCCUAUAUCAGCUCAUAAUAGAUACCCAGAGCUAUGGGCCCAAAUAAACCGAGAGUUUGUGGAAGAAUGGAAGUCAGGUCGUGCAGGUAAGGAGAGAGAAGACCCAGAAGAGGCUUUGGUCUUCUUCAUGAGGGCUGGUUUCAGGGAUAGCCCCAAAUGGGGGAUGCUAUUUUGGGAAGGAGAUCAAAUGGUAAGUUGGCAGGCCAAUGAUGGAAUAAAAAGUUCUGUUGUUGGCCUACUGAGCAGUGGAAUUUCUGGAUAUGCUUUCAAUCAUAGCGAUAUCGGAGGCUAUUGUGCAGUAAACUUACCUUUUAUUAAGUACCACCGAAGUGAAGAGUUGCUCAUGCGAUGGAUGGAGCUAAAUGCUUUCACCACUGUUUUCCGGACUCAUGAAGGAAACAAGCCAUCCUGCAACAGCCAAUUCUACUCUAACCACAAGACUCUAUCGCAUUUUGCACGCUGUGCUAAGUUGUACAAAGCUUGGUAUUUCUACAGAAUCCAACUAGUGAAGGAAGCUGCUCGAAAAGGCCUACCAGUUUGCCGCCACCUAUUUCUCCACUACCCAAAUGAUAGGAAUGUGCAUAGCUUGAGUUACCAGCAGUUCUUGAUUGGUACCGAGAUCUUAGUGGUGCCUGUCCUUGACAAGGGCAAGAAGAAUGUCAAGGCUUAUUUUCCAGAGGGUGAAACUUGUUCCUGGCAGCAUAUCUGGUCAGGAAAACUAUUUAAAGAACAAGGUUCGGAAGCCUGGGUAGAGGCUCCAGUUGGCUAUCCUCCUGUAUUUAUUAAGGCUGGCUCCACUGUGGGAGAAACAUUUGUAGAAAAUCUGAGAAAUUUUGGCAUUCUUUGAGCGCAAAGUCCUCAAAGAGAUCCAUGAUCAAUAUAAGUUGCAUUGAAUUUUUUUA